AGAUCUUUUAAAAAAUUCUAUCAAUUUCUCCAAAUGAAACGGAAACAAAAUGCCAGCGAAUCUUCCUCAACUUCUCAACAUCCUCAAGGUAAAACGACAAAAAAGGCAGAGAUUGUAGACUUUGAUGAAGCUUUUGGACUUCUUGAAGAUCCAUUGGAGGAUAUUGUGACGGAAACAUUACAACCUGAGGUCCCCCAACCUUCCGACAUCCAAAUUCAACCACCACUAGAACAACAACCAACAUCUGUUCAUUCAAUUGAAGAAGAAAAAUCGGCAAAAAAGGAACGUCGACAAUGCAGAAAAAUGUGA